AGCAGCUAUUUAUAAUGGUGUUUUGUUAUAAAAUAAUAACUGAGACUCCGAGGCGGUCGGGCACCACAUCCCCGGUGAGACGAGCUGUGCCCACUAACAUUCCCAGCUCCCUGUCCCAACUCGUUGGUACCGUAGACUACGAAGCCAGCGAUGUGCUGGAUAUCCCCGAGAGAGACUGGCGGCUGCUGGCUGCCCUCGCCAAGAAGAGGGACGAGAGCGACGAGCGGGAGCGGCUGGCGGAGGAGUUCCAGCGCAUGUGGCAGAAGGAGAAGGAGGACAGAGAGAUGUCCAGCGAUGUGCUGGACAUCAUCCCCGAGAGAGAUUGGCGGCUGCUGGUUGCCCUCGCCAAGAAGAGGGACGAGAGCGACGAGCGGGAGCGGCUGGCGGAGGAGUUCCAGCGCAUGUGGCAGAAGGAGAAGGAGGACAGAGAGAUGCAUGUCCUGGACAUCCCCGAGAGAGACUGGCGGCUGCUGGCUGCCCUCGCCAAGAAGAGGGACGAGAGCGACGAGCGGGAGCGGCUGGCGGAGGAGUUCCAGCGCAUGUGGCAGAAAGAGAAAGAGGAGAGAGAGAUGGGUUUGACCUCAAUACGUACCUUUGACUAUAAAGUCAGCGAUGUGCUGGACAUCCCCGAGAGAGACUGGCGGCUGCUGGCUGCCCUCGCCAAGAAGAGGGACGAGAGAGACGAGCGGGAGCGGCUGGCGGAGGAGUUCCAGCGCAUGUGGCAGAAGGAGAAGGAGGACAGAGAGAUGUCCAGCGAUGUGCUGGACAUCCCCGAGAGAGACUGGCGGCUGCUGGCUGCCCUCGCCAAGAAGAGGUACGAGAGCGACGAGCGGGAGCGGCUGGCGGAGGAGUUCCAGCGCAUGUGGCAGAAGGAGAAGGAGGACAGAGAGAUGGUACAUUCUUAUUUUAAAAAGAGUACCCUCGACUACGAAGACAGCGAUGUGCUGGACAUCCCCGAGAGAGACUGGCGGCUGCUGGCUGCCCUCGCCAAGAAGAGGGGCGAGAGCGACGAGCGGGAGCGGCUGGCGGAGGAGUUCCAGCGCAUGUGGCAGAAGGAGAAGGAGGACAGAGAGAUG